AUGGCACGUACCACCGUCUUGGUCCUUCUGUUAACCGACUUUAUCCUGGACGUUGACGUUGCUCUCGACAAGUUCUUCUGCAGCUCCGGCCCCAAAGUGCUCGGCUUCGAACUCGAUCUGCCCCGGUUGCGAGUUGUCUUACCGGUGGAAAAGAGAGCCCUCAUCAUUGAGUCUCUGACAGAGCUGUCCCGGAAAGCUUCGACCGCUCCCGUCCAGCUCGUGGAAAAAACCCUGGGAAGGCUCGUCUGGGCCUCAAGCAUUUUCCACAGGCUUCGAAGUCAACUGCGCCCCUUCUUUGGCGUGAUCAAGGCUAUAGAGCCUAAAAGCAAGGAACGAGGCGCCGUCAAGCGUCGCAGGGUGCGAAGGAUCAGGAUAGGAUCGAGUCUCGCCGAGGCGGCGAGUUAUAUCAAGGGAAUUCUCGACAAUGUGACAGCAUCACCAUUCCCCGGCCUGGUUCCCAGCUUGGGGGAAGAACGCGCCGUUAUCAUGUGCGAUGCGUCCACGAAGGCCGCCGGAGGGGCGAUUGUAUCAGAAGAUGGCCGAAAGAUUGAGUGGUAUCAUAUGGACUUCACUUGCGCAGAAGUUCAAGCCAUUAUCGCCGACUAUAUACCAUCCUUCCGGGUAGGGGACCGACCAGAAUCAGGCCACAUGUGUUUUCUGGAAUUGCUAUCCGCCGUCGUGGGUAUACUAUCUAGACCGGAGGAUCAAAUGGUACUGGUCAUGUGCGACAAUUCCGCCGCCGUGAAUGCUUUAUGCAAGCUGUACGCCAAGUCAGCUGCACUGAAUAAGUUGAUGCGGCUACUCACGAUGAGUCGGCCAUCCUUAACCACCCCACUCAUGAAGGCCAUACACGUGGAAGGUGUGUCUAACGUAGUGGCAGAUACGAUCUCUCGCGCGGGGUAUACAGUGACAAGGAAUAUGUGGAGCGGCUUCGAUGACGUGAAGGAGCUGAGGAUUGAUAAAAUCCUCCGGAGUAUCCGUCAGCCGAUAGCUGCCAAAUGGUUAUGA